UAAUAAAAAAAGAUAUUUAAUUUAAACCACAUUCGCUUUCAAAUUGUUAAGUAUCCAGCCAGCAGGAUGGAUACUUAACAAUAUUAGCACUGAUCAUUUUAAGCCAACUCAAUGACUGUUUAAUAACACCCACUUUAACGGAAAAAUCUCGAACAAGACUUUAAUAUAAUCGCUUUUGCUUUUUUGUAGUGGUGUACGAAAAUGCGAUUUGGAGCUUGUGUCCGUGAAAGGAAUUGUGAUUAAUGUUUUAUAUAGAGGAGCAGUGGUGUGAAGUUUAUAAUACCGCCCGAGUGCCGCCAAGACCGUUGAUCACUUGGUUUACGGCUCAGGGUUAAGGGCUCUCGACUUGUGUGUCAAUUACUGCGAUGUACAAGGAUUCUUAUCUUGAAGUAUACUCUGAACGCUACCUGUUAAGGAUAACAUUGUACUGUGUGUUUACGAUGAAAAGGCCAAUACGCAGAUUAUAUUCUCAGAAAAUGCAUUUAUAAAUGGAGAACAUAUUGAAACUACAGACUUAGUCUUGCGCCCGUGAACAUGACACCACCUCACGCUCCUCGAGGCUUGCUUGAGAACAUGUUCCCGUGAACAUGACACCUCACGUUCCUCGGUGACCGGUGAUUUACACACGCGACUGUGCGUCAGCGCGAUCAGCAAAUAACAGCCGCUGACAUGAUAACUUCAGCAGCGUAUAGAUCGACCAAUAAGAAAGAGAGAGAGAGAGAUGGGGGCGUAUCUGGGCCAGGAACCACGUUGUAUUUAAACCCGGGAGCGAGAGAAAAUGUUCAGUCGAGCCCCAUCUCUAGAUCCAGACGGUCGUUCCCUUCACUCUCCUGUACUCGGCUGAUUCAUUCGCACUACAUCCUCCGGCAGCUGACUCCCCUUCGCCGCCGCCUCCAGCAGCUAGAAUAUAUACCUCACGGGGCCGCAGUCACUUUCUUACUCUUUCUUAAGCAAUGGUGGCGUGGCAGAUGAUGCUGGCGUUGGUGUGCCUGGCGAUCGUUCCCACAAUGGCCCAGAUCACCUUCUCCCGGUCAUGGGUGCCCCAGGGCAAGAGGUCCGGGCCCCUCGUCAGCCCUGCAGGUGCCCCUAGCCUCGACGUCGACCCAUGUAGGGACACCAGACUCUCCACUCUUACCGACGUCGCCUCCCAUCUGGUGGAACUGAUGGACGACGUCUCAGACCUGACUCAGGAUGAUGCUGCUCUUGCUCUACGCCUCAAACACGCUCUUCUUGCCAGGCAAAGGAGACUGACUUGAAGAAACACAGCGGGAGACGAAACGACCUGGCAACCCCCCCUCCCUUCCCUCCACCUAGUCAAUAUAUAUAUAUGCAGUACACACAAAAUUAUAUAAAUUAUAUAUAAUGUAUGUACGUGUAUCUGUCCACGAGGAGUUACAUUUAUUUCUAUGGACAUUACUUGAUGGUGAUCAAAGUUAAAUUAUUAAAUAACUCGGUGGGUAAAAUGAUUCAGUAAUACUGUGGAUAAUUUUCACCAACUUUGUAACAUGCGCCAUAGUAUAUAAAUGUUCCAAAAGGUUCGUCUCAUACAACGACAUACUGUUAGGAAUAAACAAAGAAGCCUCUUAUCAAAUACCAGUGAUACCAAAUCAAAUAUCUUGAUAUUUGAAGAAGCCUCUUAUCAAAUACCAGUGAACCAAGCAGCUUUGUAUUGAUCUUCAAUGAGUGAAUAAAU